UUCCGGUGACAAUUUUAGCAUCUGACUGUCGCGUUAGUGGAAGAGGGGAUGUGUAACAGGUCUCUACACUCCGUACAGAGUAUGUUCCCAUGUGACGGAAGCAAUAACCGAAGAUCUGCCGUUAUCGAUAAGAAAGUUUGGGUCAAUUACUUCCACUGCUUGAACCCCACGGUCCUUUACUCACUCAGCAAGACAAGCAAUAAUGCAGCCAACCUCUCGAGGACGAAGGGCGGGCGUGGGUCGGCCUCCACGUACUGCCGGUGCAGACGGCGCAACAGCAGCACCGCCAGUUGAAGAAAGCGCUCCCGAGAUCAAAAUGGAGAUCGACGGAGGCGACGGAGGCGACGGAGGUGAAGGGCAGACGACAGAAGCUGCAGCCCCGACGCGUCGCCCCGCACAGCGCCUCGAAAGCCUGCGAACGACCGAAGCAGGCGGCUCCACACAGCGCCGCGGCGGCGCUGCCGCGAAGGCGAAGAAGCCACCGACCGUGAAGCCCGUGAAUGUGGGUCGCCGCAGCAAGGCGGAGCGGGAGCAGUUGCAGAAGUCGUUGAAUCAGCGGGAGAAGGAGAGGCAGGCGGAGUUGAGGGCCGAAGAGAGGGCGAAGCAGAAGGAGAGGCCGUUCAAGAAGAGGGAGCCUGGAGAUGUGAAGGGGUUGCAGGCUGCUGCGGUUGCGGGUCCAUUUUCGCUGGGGAGUGUUGCUCGAGACCGAAGAUCUACGAGUCGGAUCACCAGCUUCGGGUCCCGCGCGACACGAAUUAAGCACGAGGAUGACGACGAGGGCGGCACGAGGAGUACGGCGAUCAAGAGGGAGGAUGGUGGGACGAUCUCAUCCGGAGAGGAAGACGGCAAUGAUAUCCCUAGGAAGGACAUCGACACUAUCGAGAUCUCCUCCGACGAGGACGAUGCCAUGGGGUCAAAAGAAAGGGCUUCGCGAAGCUUAGGUGGGUCAGCGCUACUUCCUGUGCGUAUCGGCAGGAAAGAACACGUAGAGCGCGUAGUGGGCAUCAAUACGGAAGCUAGUUCUGAGGCCGCAGCUAAAAUUCUAGAACAUGCAGAAGCGACGGGAGGGGAGAUCAAGGCGGAUGUGGCCGACAUUGCGCCACGGAAAGGCAAGGGGAAAUCGAAAGAUGUCGAGAUCACAGGCGAGCGAAGGCCGUUCAAGGGCAUGUGGCAGGACGAGGACGAAGAAGGCGUGCGCGUCAAAGCAGAGCCUGUGAGCGAGGACGAGGAGAUGGCCGACGCGAAACCGAUAGGGAACUCGGACGUAGCGCCGCCUUCUGUACCCUUACCCGGUGGAGAAACGCAAAAGGUGGAGGACAACGAGAAAACAGGCGCACCAAAGAGAGCAAGGGUCAAGGGAAAGAAAGGGAAAGAGCCUGUCCUGCAAACGGAGGAAGAGAAGGCGGAGCAUGCACGCUUCGUCGCGUUCCGGGAGGAUGUUCGCAAUGAGCUGGGCGAGUUGGACGAGGCAGAACGUGAUGAGAGCUCCUAUCUCUUCCAGCUCCCGCCCAUCCUGCCCACGAUGCUGGACGUUCAAACCCUCCAAAUCAAACAAGAGCCCGAACAGAAACCCACGCCCAUGCCGUCGGCCAUGGCCGCCGCGACAAGGUCCAUCAAGGCGGCACAAGCUGCUAUCCGAGAGCGCAAUAUCAGGAACCGGGUCACGAACGGCGCGGUGGGGAAGCUGCGUGUCCAUGAGUCUGGCCGUACCACGUUGAUUUGGGGCAGCGAAACGUUUGACCUGAUCCCAGGCAAUGUGGCGGGAUUCGUGCAGGAGGUCCUCGACAUGGAGAACGUGCCUGUGCGGCUGCGCGAGGAUCCUAACGAGGGAGGGGAUGGGCUGUCGUUUGCGGAUCUCAGGGGCAAGUUUGUAGCGGCGCCGAGCUGGAAGGCGAUGCUUUAGGUUACCUAGGUAUGCGACCGCGGAGGGGAGGUUAUGUGCAUGGAAUACAGGAAGGGGAUCCGGUGCAUGGCUGGAGGUGCAUAGGACAGGCGUAGGAUAGGCGUUUGGUCUCUCUCGGACGCG